GGGCAAACCGCAUCAACCGGGAACACAAAUAAGCUCUGUAUGGUGCAGACCGCCCGGGCACACCGGCUGGACAAGCUGGUGGAGCACCUGGUGCCCGCCUUCCUGGGCAGGGACCCUACCUUCGUCCCCACCUUUCUCCGGAACUACAGAACUUUCGCCACCACCCGACAGGUGUUGGACCUACUAUUGACAAGGUAUGGCUGCAUCUUCCCGUAUGCUGAAGAGGAUGGUGGGCCUGUGGACCAGCAGAAAAAGGCCAUCAUCUCCAUCCUGGGCAUGUGGCUGGACCAGUGCCCUCAGGAUUUUUUCCAGCCCCCAGACUUCCCAGGCCUGGUGAUGCUGCUGGCCUACCUGGAGCUCAAUUUCCCAGGCUCAGCCCUGGAGCGCCAGGCCCAGCUGCUCCUUUCGGAGCUGGAGCGCCGCGAGCCCGCAGAGGCGGAGGCAGAGGAACCAGCUCCAGAGCCAGAUAAAAAAAGACCUCAGGAGGCAACACCGACUCUAGUGGCCUCUCCAGAGCCAGAGCGGGCUCCGGGCACAGCUUUCACUGACCUUCAAGAGGCAGAAGAAGCAGCGUGUGGGCAACUGACUUCAGCUCCU